CGCCAACUGCAUAGCUUGGGAUUCGUUCAUGGAGACCUCUACAAGUACAAUAUGGUGCUACAGGGUAACGAUGUGAAAUUCAUCAAUUUUGAAGCUUCAGAAGUUCGAGAUGAUUGCGAGAAGAAAAAUUCGAGAGAUCGGUGUUGUUGGAACUGGCUACUUUGGGCAAGAAGCUAG